AACAACAUGAUGAAAUCACAGCUGUGACUGAAUAUAUAAUACAGACAGAUUCUAGAAAAGCACCAAAUGAAGAAGUGUCAACCAAAAACCAGACAGCUACAUCUACUGCUGAACUUGUGACAGGUUCUAUCAUUGGCACAGCAAUCAAUACUUUACAAACCACAAUGUUCAUGUCUCAAUCCAAUAUAGAGGAAACUCCAGGUUCUUUCUUUGUAUCAUCCAGUACAAUGCAAUCAUUAGCCACUUCAACAGAGAGAUUAACAAGAGUUGAUACUGGACCUUUAACAAACAUUCCAAAAACAAAUGAGCAAUUACUUUUAACAGGAACGUUCACGACGACCGAAUAUGUAGCAAUAGAAGAAACAUCGCUAGUCACGUCAACAGCUUCGGCUGAUGUUUCAACAACAGCUGAGCAUGUAACUUCACCAGAACCUGUAUCAGAAAUUUUGAUUGAAUCAGAAUCUACAUCUACAGUGGCAACAAUGACCCCAGCACAACAAAUUCUGACAUCUAUAGUCAUAAAAUCUGCCACAGUAAAUUCCACAGAUGACAACAGUUCAGGAAAAGAAUUUUCGUCAGGAACCAAUGCUGCCACUGAAGCGCCAUCCACAUUACCAGAAAUAUUAGCGAGAGCAGGAUCUGGAACGUCACCGGAAACAUUAACAUCCACAUCUGAGACUUUGCCAGAUAUGUCAAGUACAAGAGGGCAUGUAACUCCAUUAGAAAGAAAAUUAACAACAGAAUCUUUAUAUGUCCUAUUUAAGGCAACAGAAGAUGCUCAGAAAUCUCCUACAAAUGAAUUUACACCAUUCCAAGGGCUUGAAACCUUUGAACAGUCUGAUGCAAUCACAGCUGUGACUGAAAAUGUAACAGACACAGCUUCUAGAAAAGCACCUAAUGAAGAAAUGUCAACUGCAAUACAGACUACUUCACCUGCUGCUGAGCUUUUGACAGUUUCUAUCUCUGGAACAGAAGUCGAUACUUUAAAAACCACAGUGUUCAAGCUUGAACCCAAUAUUGUCACAACUACAGGUUCUUUAUCUGAAACAUCAAUUGAAAUACAAUCAUUAGCCACUUUAUCAGAAACAGUAACAACAGUCAGUACUGGACCUUUAACAGAAAUCACAACAACAGAUGAAGAAUUACAUUUCACAGAGGUGUUAAUGAGCACUGAACAUGUAGCAUCAGAAGAAACAUCCAGAGUCACAUCAACAACUUCAGUUGAUAUUUCACCAAAAGAUGAGCAUGUAACUUCACCAGAACCUGUAUCAGAAGUUUCGAUCAUAACAGAUUCUAUAUCUACGGUUGAAGCAGCAACUUCAACACAAAUCAUUAGUGAAGAAAGUUCUACCAUGACAGCACAGUCUCUGACUUCUACAGUCAUGAAAUCUGACCUAGUAAUUUCCACUGUGGACAAUAUUUUAGUAAAAGCAUUUUCAACAGGAAUCGUUCCUGACACUCAAGCACCGUCCACAUUACCGGAAAUAUUACCGACAGCAUUAUCUGUAACAUCACCAGAAACAAUAACAGCCACAUCUGAGACUUUGCCAGAUAUGGGAAGUACAGGAGGGCAUGUAACUACAUUAGAAAGGAAAAUAACAACAGAAUCAUUAAAUGCCCAAUUUAAGACAACAGACCAUGCUCAGAAAUCCUCUGCCAGUGAUUUCACAUCAUCACAAACAGAUUCAAGAAAAGCACCAAACGAAGAACUGUCAACCAAAAUCCCGACUACUACAUCUACUGCUAAACUUGUCACAGUAAUUUCCACAGAUGACAACAGGCUUGAAACCUUUGAACAGUCUGAUGCAAUCACAGCUGUGACUGAAAAUGUAACAGACACAGCUUCUAGAAAAGCACCUAAUGAAGAAAUGUCAACUGCAAUACAGACUACUUCACCUACUGCUGAGCUUUUGACAGUUUCUAUCUCUGGAACAGAAGUCGAUACUUUAAAAACCACAGUGUUCAAGCCUGAACCCAAUAUUGUCACAACUACAGGUUCUUUAUCUGAAACAUCAAUUGAAAUACAAUCAUUAGCCACUUUAUCAGAAACAGUAACAACAGUCAGUACUGGACCUUUAACAGAAAUCACAACAACAGAUGAAGAAUUACAUUUCACAGAGGUGUUAAUGAGCACUGAACAUGUAGCAUCAGAAGAAACAUCCACAGUCACAUCAACAACUUCAGUUGAUAUUUCACCAAAAGAUGAGCAUGUAACUUCACCAGAACCUGUAUCAGAAGUUUCGAUCAUAACAGAUUCUAUAUCUACGGUUGAAGCAGCAACUUCAACACAAAUCAUUAGUGAAGAAAGUUCUACCAUGACAGCACAGUCUCUGACUUCUACAGUCAUGAAAUCUGACCUAGUAAUUUCCACUGUGGACAAUAUUUUAGUAAAAGCAUUUUCAACAGGAAUCGUUCCUGACACUCAGGCACCGUCCACAUUACCGGAAAUAUUACCGACAGCAUUAUCUGUAACAUCACCAGAAACAAUAACAGCCACAUCUGAGACUUUGCCAGAUAUGGGAAAAGUCGAUACUUUAAAAACCACAGUGUUCAAGCCUGAACCCAAUAUUGUCACAACUACAGGUUCUUUAUCUGAAACAUCAAUUGAAAUACAAUCAUUAGCCACUUUAUCAGAAACAGUAACAACAGUCAGUACUGGACCUUUAACAGAAAUCACAACAACAGAUGAAGAAUUACAUUUCACAGAGGUGUUAAUGAGCACUGAACAUGUAGCAUCAGAAGAAACAUCCACAGUCACAUCAACAACUUCAGUUGAUAUUUCACCAAAAGAUGAGCAUGUAACUUCACCAGAACCUGUAUCAGAAGUUUCGAUCAUAUCAGAUUCUAUAUCUACGGUUGAAGCAGCAACUUCAACACAAAUCAUUAGUGAAGAAAGUUCUACCAUGACAGCACAGUCUCUGACUUCUACAGUCAUGAAAUCUGACCUAGUAAUUUCCACUGUGGACAAUAUUUUAGUAAAAGCAUUUUCAACAGGAAUCGUUCCUGACACUCAAGCACCGUCCACAUUACCGGAAAUAUUACCGACAGCAUUAUCUGUAACAUCACCAGAAACAAUAACAGCCACAUCUGAGACUUUGCCAGAUACGGGAAGUACAGGAGGGCAUGUAACUACAUUAGAAAGGAAAAUAACAACAGAAUCAUUAAAUGCCCAAUUUAAGACAACAGACCAUGCUCAGAAAUCCUCUGCCAAACCUGUAUCAGAAAUUUUGAUUGAAUCAGAAUCUACAUCUACAGUGGCAACAACGACCCCAGCACAACAAAUUCUGACAUCUAUAGUCAUAAAAUCUGCCACAGUAAAUUCCACAGAUGACAACAGUUCAGGAAAAGAAUUUUCGUUAGGAACUAAUGCUGCCACUGAAGCACCAUCCACAUUACCAGAAAUAUUAGCGAAAGCAGGAUCUGGAACAUGUGAUGUCCACGGCUGA